UAAUGAUUUCACCACUAUCAGAAAAACAGGACAAGAAAGCAACAAUGCGAGCUCAGGCUUAUCAGAAUCUCAAUGGUAUUUCAAUAUUCCUUUUUGGUGGCAUCGAGUGCAAGCUAUGUAAUAGCUGACUUAGAAAACUACAUGAAGGGGUCAAAGAUCAAGUGGACUUCAGGAAUUCAAUGUUGUGGUAUACGUUACAAUCUGCUUUCUGUAGGUAUGGCUCAGUCAUUUUGGCCCAAUCAGAUUGCCGUUUAUCAGUUUUCGUAUACCGCAAAACACUCUCCACUCGGACACGUAUGACAAACAAGAUUAUAGUCCUGUCAUUCAAUAGGAAAAAUACCUAAAUUUAAGUUCAAUCACUUUACUACAAGUACAUUACAAUUUUUAAAAUGAUAGGUCGACUUCGGGUCGAUUAGCACUCGAACCAAGUUUCAUAUAUUUCCUGUAUGGCGCCAUCAGACGAUAUCGCUGUAAAGCCCGUAGUGUGUUGCACUGGUUAGCCCACAACCGGUAUGCCCGCGCUUGUUCUAUGAAUUUAAUCAAUUGCAUUGAUGACGUUUGUAAUUAAAUAAAAUAUCAACAAUUUAAUGUAAUUCAGUGCUGAAUCAUUUGCAGCAUUCACUUUUGAGCUAAAGAAUUCAAGGUUAUCUAUUAAAUGAAUAACUGAACGCAGCCCGCCAUCAGUGCGCCUGCAACUUUGCAAUUGCCGAAUGGCCUGAUGAUGGGAAAUGGUGAUCACUGAUCAGUUGUUCGUUCCGUCAUCCCGUCCGCCUGACGAUCAUUGGAUUAAAAAUAAGGAAAAUACCUUCUGGUAUAUUUGAAAUUCAAAUGAAAGAUGCCUCGAUCUGUGGAUGGAAUCGCGACAUUCCGUUGAUAAUAAAUUUACUAUUGUGAAGCUUAAAAACGAAACGUCGGAUUAAAUCGACGCGAGUUUUACAGUGUUUUGGUGUCGCCUCCAUUUUAUAAUAAACUCGAUCGCUUAUUAUCCCCCGAGAGAAGCGGGGGUUUCAUGGCUAUUUUGCACGCUAAUAAAUCAUCAGCGAAUCUCCUGUAGUCUAAUCUUGAUCCUUCAUAACUGGAAUUGUUCGAUAUUAGUCGCUAUUUGUGUCAGAAUCCGUGUCGUGUCUUGUGCCCCCUUCCCCUUGUCAUUUCUUCUGACCCCGUGUCCACCGUCCGCCCUGGCUAGUCGGUGCGUGAAUGACUUCGUAUAAACUUUGUAAAUGUUUACGGAAAUACAAAUUAACACUGACUCAAUUUUUGAGUGUUUUUGAAUCGUAUAGUUGAACAAGGAUCCUGACGAUCCCUAGCAAAAAUGAUGAAGAGCGGCUCACUGCCCAAGAAAGAGAAAAUGCGGAUACGCGCUUUUCCGAUGGCUAUGGAUGAGAAAUUCGUCCAAAGUAUUUGGGCGUUGCUCAAGAAUGCUAUACAAGAAAUUCAGAAAAAAAACAAUUCUGGUCUGAGUUUUGAGGAGCUUUAUCGUAAUGCCUAUACAAUGGUCCUCCACAAACAUGGAGAACGUCUUUACACGGGUUUGAAAGAGGUCGUUACACAGCAUCUCGAAUCGAAGGUUCGAGAAGACGUCCUUAGAUCUCUCCACAACAAUUUCCUUCAAACUCUAAAUCAGGCUUGGAACGAUCAUCAAACAUCCAUGGUCAUGAUCAGAGAUAUUUUAAUGUACAUGGACAGAGUUUACGUACAACAACACGAUGUUGACAACGUCUAUAACUUGGGCCUCAUUAUUUUCAGGGAUCAGGUAGUAAGGUACGGUUGUGUCAGAGAUCAUUUGCGCGAGACACUGCUAGGGAUGGUAGCACGUGAAAGAAGGGGAGAGGUCGUAGAUCGAAUUGCAAUAAAAAAUGCUUGCCAGAUGCUGAUGCUGCUUGGAAUAAACUGUCGCCAAGUUUAUGAAGAGGAUUUUGAAAGACCUUUCUUACAACAAAGUGCAGAAUUUUACAGGAUGGAGUCACAGAAAUUUCUUGGUGAGAACAGCGCCUCCGUGUACAUCAAGAAAGUUGAGGCAAGGAUCGGCGAAGAGUCCGAAAGAGCUAAACACUACUUAGACGAAUCUACAGAGCCGAGAAUAGUGGAAGUAGUCGAAGAAGAAUUGAUUAAAAUUCACAUGAAAACCAUCGUUGAGAUGGAGAACAGUGGAGUUGUGCAUAUGCUGAAAAAUCAGAAGACGGAAGACCUAGGUUGCAUGUACAAAUUGUUUUCAAGAGUCACAGAUGGUUUGCGUACAGUUUCUGAUUGUGUGUCGCAGUUUCUAAGGGAACAGGGGCGUGCCCUUGUCCAGGAGGAGCAUGAGCCGACCACGAAUGCUAUUCACUUUGUUCAAAAUUUACUGGAUCUCAAAGACCGCUUUGAUCAUUUUUUGUACCACUCUUUUAACAAUGACAAACUCUUCAAACAAAUGAUAGCCUCAGAUUUUGAACACUUCCUUAAUCUCAAUGCAAAGAGUCCGGAAUAUCUGUCGCUUUUCAUAGAUGAUAAACUCAAAAAAGGUGUCAAGGGGAUGACAGAGCAGGAAAUCGAGGGCGUUUUAGACAAGACAUUGGUCCUCUUUAGAUUCCUCCAGGAGAAGGAUGUCUUUGAACGAUAUUACAAGCAGCAUCUAGCCAAGCGACUCCUUCUUAACAAAUCUGUCUCCGAUGAUAGCGAAAAACAUAUGAUCUUCAAGCUCAAGACUGAAUGUGGUUGUCAGUUUACGUCUAAGCUAGAAGGAAUGUUCAAGGACAUGACAGUCAGCAACACUAUAAUGGAGGAGUUCAAGGAGCACGUUCUGACUUCUGGCACGAGUCUCCAUGGAGUUGAUUUGAGCGUCAGAGUGUUGACGACUGGAUUCUGGCCGACCCAGUCAGCGACGCCAAAGUGCACAGUUCCUUCUGCACCCCGAGAAGCGUUCGACGCGUUUCGAUGUUUUUACCUCGCAAAGCACAGUGGUCGUCAGCUGACGCUACAACCUCAAUUAGGUUCGGCAGACUUGAACGCGGUUUUCCAUGGACCUCGUAAGGAGGACUCCAACGGCGGAGGCCUCGACGCGCCCUCGUCUUCUAGUUCCAUAGCCAAUAGCAGUGGUAGUCUUUUGAGUCAGCGUGCCAGCAACGGUGGAAAUCCACGAAAACAUAUUAUCCAAGUUUCAACUUACCAGAUGUGCGUCCUCAUGCUGUUCAACAAUAGAGAUCGAUUGACUUACGAGGAAAUUCAAAACGAGACCGAUAUACCCGAGCGCGAUUUGGUUAGAGCGCUUCAAUCGCUUGCAAUGGGAAAAGCGACCCAAAGAGUCCUCCUCAAACAUCCAAGGACCAAGGAAAUCGAACCGUCUCAUUGUUUCAGCAUAAAUGAUAGCUUUACCAGUAAACUUCAUCGGGUGAAAAUCCAGACAGUUGCUGCAAAGGGAGAAUCUGAGCCAGAGAGAAGAGAAACUAGAAAUAAGGUCGACGAAGAUCGAAAGCAUGAAAUAGAAGCUGCCAUUGUGCGAAUAAUGAAGGCGCGUAAGAAAAUGCCGCACAAUAUCCUUGUAACCGAAGUCACGGAGCAGCUACGCGACAGAUUCCUGCCAUCUCCAGUUAUCAUAAAAAAACGUAUCGAAGGACUCAUCGAGCGAGAUUACCUGGCGCGGACUGAAGACAGAAAAGUCUACACCUACGUCGCUUGAGCUGCGUCCUUAUUGUCUCCGGAAGUGUACAAAUGCGUAAGUGGCCAGCCUCGUCGAAUGAGGCGCGAUACAUACGAUAUCGUAGUAGUAUCGUUCCUAAGUAUAAUUCAAUAUUUGGAUAAUUUCCUGGCGAUCGUUAAUUAUAUUUACCUUCCUUCCCUUAUCGUAGAGACAGAAGAAAAAGAAAAGGAAAAAAAAAAAACAGAAAAACAAAUAAAUAAGUCAUAGAAAAAUAAAUGCAAUUUUUUACAUUCGAUACGAGUUACGAUAUAUGUAAUUUUUUUUUUUUUUUCUUUCCUUUCAUUUGAUUUGUCGUUGAGCAUAUAGCUUACGUUUUUCGUAAUAUACACACGCUCGUAACAAAUCCAUAAUUAGAAAUCAAAACGAAUUGAAGUCGGAAGGUUUAUUUUGUCUUUUUUCCAGAACCUGCCGGCCUGGAUCUUAAAGAAUUCUGGGCCGAUAUGAUAAAUAUUUUGGACAAAAUUCUAGCAAAAGAAAAUGAAAUAAACAGAAACAAAGGAUAGCAAACCAUCACUGCUAACGAUAUAGACAUAAUUAUUAUAAAGAAUUUAAAUUAUUCCAGAUCCAAUAACAAAAUACUUACUUAUAACUACAUAAAUUUUACAUGUCAUCUAUCCUCGUCCAAAAAUUUUUCCUCGAUCUUCUCACAUUGCCCGUAGAAUUCGAUUCUUUUUUUUUAAGAAAACCAAAAAAAAAAGAUAAAGAGAAAAUAACUUAUAACGAGAUGAAACUAGAAAAAUGAAAUUAAUUAAUAAAAAUAAUACUAAGGAUCAUCAAUGAAUGACCUUCAUUCUUUACUUGAGCGAUCGUGACAAGUAUGAAAUUGGAAUUAAAUAACAAAGCAGCGAUAGUAAUGAUUCUUUUCCAAGUGCUAAUUCAUAGUGUCGUUUUAAUUAUUCACUGCGGGUGAUUAAUUUUUGAAAUGCUGUGUAUGUUUCCGAGUGUGAGUGGUGAGCAAGUGUGUUGAGUAUGUAUCUUCACAAAUAUUGUAUGUGGUGAAUGAAGAGAUAAAAAAUUCAAAAGUGACAGAAAAAAAACAGAAAAAAUAAUGAGACAGUUGUAUCAAUAAAUGGAUUUAAAUACAAUUUCGAUCAUGAAACGAC